AUGCAGUUCAUUCAGCUCUCGGUCGUCUUGGCUUUUGUCGCUGCUGCAAUGGCUAAUCCCAUUCAACUCAACAGCCGCAGCGUUUACGGUUGCUACAAGGAUGUCGCCGCAGACCAAGUAAAGUGUCUCGAAGCCUGCGGUGAUACGUCUGCCACCGACUGCACCAAUGCAUGCUCCCUUGCCGCGACUCAAGGCUACCUUGCCUGCAACAAGGACUAA